UCCGCGCUGAAUGCUGACUGAGAGUUAUUUGUUGUAAAUCGAUGAUGUUUAUUAAUAUUUAAUUAGUAUUCUGUGGGCAGGUGUUCUGGAUUUGGUGGCAAGAGUGUUUACAAUACAGUUGGGGCAACAUCGGAGAAAUUUUAAAAUGCACGCGAUCGCCUCUUGUUUAAUAAUUUUAGUUUGUGCUACGGCCAGUGUUACUUCAUUGGAAGAUUUCAAUUCGACAAGUGACACGUUGUUCGUGCCAAUAGUCAACAAUAAUGGUGAGACAGUGUACGUUACGAAGGACCUGAUGAGGAAGCUCGAGGAUGAAUUGGAGACGUGGCACUGGACGCCAUGGCUGCGGACAAGGACCGAAGUGGCAGAGAAUAUUAUCAGAGAGGUCGAGUGUAUUAGCGGUGAUUCAAUCGACAGUUUUCCUGAUGAUACAUUCACAGACGAUCAACUGAGAAGAGGAGCAUUUCUUCUGUACGUUUUAUUCGGAAUAUACGCGUUCACUCUUUUGACUAUUGUAUGCAAUGAUUAUUUCAUUCCGUGUGUCGAAUUUAUAUGUGAAGAUUUGAAGAUACCUCAGAACGUUGCGGCGGCUACAUUUAUGUCAGUGGCAACAUCAUGUCCCGAGUUUUUCGUCAACGUGAUAUCAACAUUUCUCACCGAAUCCGAUAUGGGCAUCGGGACAAUAGUCGGCUCGGCGAUAUUCAACGCUCUAGGUGUAGCAGCAAUCGGAGGUCUCGCUGCUAUAAGUCCCAUAUCAAUUGACCGUCGUCCAGUAACUAGAGAUGUCAUCAUUUAUAUGCUCAACGUAAUCGCACUGAUGAUAAUUGUUUGGGACGGCAGAGUAGAGUGGUACGAAGCGUUAGUGCUUGGCAUUCUGUACAUCACAUAUUUCAUUGUGAUGUUUAACAGUCUCAGGAUAUUCGCUUUAUACGAUUCAAUUAUUGGAAGAAAAAACCGGAAUAAUAAUGGAAGUAAGCUAAAUAUCGUGACGAAUGAUAAUAAGUCUUCAGAAGAAGGCAUUGAUAAUAAAGGCUUUAAUAAUAGCGAGGUAGUGAUUAAUAAUAUACCCGAAAAGGUUGCUGUAAACGAGAAAGGUAAUGCAUUUAUGCCCGCCGAAAAAUUGGAGAAGCCUCCUAAGAGUGUUUGGCGGUACCCAAGAGAAAAUUCAUUGACAUAUAGAAUUUGGUGGGUGUACACUUGGCCACUCAAGUUAAUACUAGCGUUCACAAUACCUUUGCCUUCAAAAUACAGGAAACUUUAUCCGUUAUCCUUUAUUAUGUGCAUUGUGUGGAUCGGUGUUAAUUCGUACUUCGUGUCAUGGAGUAUGACUGUUAUUGGACACACAUUCUUCAUACCGGACUCUGUGAUGGGGAUGACGUUCUUGGCGUUUGGAGGAUGUCUUCCUGAGGCCUGUUCUAUAUUUAUAAUGUCAAGACGAGGUGAAGGAGGGAUGGGUGUUUCGAACGCAUUGGGAGCUAAUUCUUUAGCGAUCCUCUUCGCUCUCGGCUUACCUUGGCUCAUAAAAACCCUAACAUUAGUAGGACAAGGAGCGGAAAAUACUGCAGUAUAUAUAAACUCUGCUGGUAUUGGAUUCAUCGUGGGUUCUUUAUUAGUAGCAGUUGCAGCAUUAUACGUUACAUUAUUUCUUGGGAAGUUCCAACUGAGAAAAAAAUUGGGAGCAGUUUUAAUUGUACUUUAUGCUAUCUUUAUAACAUUCGCUAUUCUAGUAGAGAUGGGUGUCAUUGUUGAUAAAGGUAUAGAUUUCUGUUAAUUUAAGUCACUAAUCGUUGGUUUCUGAGACCAACCUGUUUAAUAUAUACCAUCAUCUCUUUGAUCCUUGACAAAACAGAGAUACUGUUGUACAGAUAUAUUACAUUAUAUAAAUCAACGAUAAGUAUGCCAUACACGGAGCGUUUCAAGUA